AUGACGAGAGGGCAUGUGAAGCUGCUGGGCAACCCUCUCUUCGUGAACGUUGGCAAGAUUAUUCAUUCGUUUCCGCUUCUGAAAUGCUUGGAAAUUAUCGCCGGGAAUAUCAUCCACAAGUGCACCAAGAUAUUUUCGCGAAGCACCGGACUACCUUGCGUGCAUCGACUCAAACAACUUGACCACGAUCAAAAGGCCUUGCUCCCUUCUGACUUUCACCACAUUAAUCGAUUUCUCGUACCCCCACCCCCGCUUGCCGUGGUGUUUGAACCAGAUAUUAAAACACGGCGUGCAGUCGGUAAGGAGCAACGUGCGUCUCGUAAGAAAGGCGCAGGUAAGUUCGGCACAGGAAGAGAGCUGUCUGUGUUAGAGCGGAACAUUGCAACCACUGCUAAAGUUCCCAUACUAUCGAAGAACAUGGUCAUCCCGGCAACAUCAGAAGCGACCCUGCGGCACCAUCGCACCGACGGUGUGGACAACAGCAACACAGAGGUUAGCAACUGGGGCUUCUAA